AUGCAGAAGUACCUUAAAUUGGCGAACCAACUGGUAAGUACUUUCCAUCGCGCGGAGUUUGUUCAGAUGCGCAAGUUUGUUCAGAUCCCACAGGACCAGAAUGCAGAAGCUGACGAGAUAGCACGAAGUGCCUUAACGGACCACCAGGGGAAGUCGACCGAUUGGAAUAUGGAAGAACAAGAAUUUUCCAACAUCGAAGAGCUUCAAACUUUCCCCUUGCACACACAAUCAGGGUUCGGGAUACUAAGGAUGAUCAUUUCUGACAAUGGUCGUCAGUUCGACAGCCACGGGUUCAGGUCGUUUUGCUCCAACCUAGGCAUUAAGAACAAAUACUCAUCACCAAGACAUCCUCAGGCCAAUAGACAGAUAGAAGUAACCAACCGAACCUUGCUCAAGAUUAUCAAGUCUCGGCUGAUGGGGGCAAAGGGAGCAUGGCCAAAGGAAUUGCCAAGUGUCUUGUGGGCUUACAGGACGACGACACGAACACCAAUAGGCGAAACACCCUUCAAUCUGACAUACGACACUGAAGCAGUCAUCCUAGUCGAGGUAGGACUUACCAGCCUCAGGAGAGAGUUCUUCGACAAACAAGGCAACGACGACCAAUUGAAACUGAACCUUGAUUGCCUGGACGAAGUCAAAGACCAAGCCUUCCAAAGGAUGACCAAAUACUAG